CCCCAGGCCUGAGGCCAAAGGGGGUAUAUAUACCCCCAUAAUCAGGCCAUACACAGACCAUUCAGUGGGACCCUGCGACGCUCCGAUCACCAUUUUGGGUUACUACUGAUAAAAAGGACAAAAUGGCUCACACAAACACCAUGCCCAUGGGUCCCUGGAAGAUCACUGUCUAUGAUCAGAGGUAUUUCCAGGGCAGGCGUAUGGAGUUCACCGCCUGCUGCCAGAACAUCAUGGAGUGUGGGAUGGAGAACAUCCGCUCCCUGAAGGUCGAGUGUGGCGCUUGGGUGGGCUAUGAGCACUCCAGCUUCUGCGGGCAGCAGUUCAUCCUGGAGAAGGGAGACUACCCGUGCUUUGAGUCCUACAUGGGCAGCAACUCCUACCGCAUCGAGAGGAUGAUCUCCUUCAGGCCCAUCUGCUGCGCUAACCACAAGGACUCCCGCAUGACCGUCUAUGAGCUGGAGAACAUGAUGGGACGUCAGUUCGAGCUGUGUGAUGACUACCCCUCUCUGCAGGCCAUGGGCUGGAUACACAACGAGGUUGGCUCCAUGCAAAUCCAGUGUGGCGCCUUCGUGUGCUACCAGUAUCCUGGCUACCGCGGAUACCAGUACAUCAUGGAGUGCGACUGUCACGGAGGCGAGUACAAGUGUUACCGUGAGUACGGCACCCAUGCCCAGACGCCCCAGAUCCAGUCCAUCAGAAGGAUCCAGCACUGAGAGAGGAGCACACAACCACCCUCCCCAGCCCUCCUCACCUUGCUCCUGCAUUGCAUCCUCCUCCCAAAACAUGUCCUGGCUCCACUGGUGCGGCUGGUCCAGGCUGCCCGGUCCUAAGCUGGACUUCAGGUGUUCACUGAUGUCAGCCGUUCACAGCACUUUGGCUUUUAUUUUUUAGAGAAACAUCAUUGAAAAGGCAAAAUGUAAGAAAGACAGAUAAAAGGACAUUUCUGAGAUACAGAUGUAACAGAGACCUCACCUGGCUCAGAGCGGAGACUCCAUCUGCUCCAGCGAUGGCAACAAACGUCAGUGUCUUUUACAUCAAUCACUUUGAGUUUGCUGUUAAUGUGAUAUCCAUGACUGCCUUUGUACAAGACGAUGAAUAAAGAGAAUGAGCAAACAUCUACAUUUACAAAAUGAAAGUCAUGCAUUUUAA